AUGGAGAGACUCGAGUACUACAAAAAAGGUGGCUAUCAUCCCGUCAACAUCGGCGAUAAAUUCCAGGGCCGAUAUCGUGUUGUCGAUAAACUCGGGCACGGCUCGUUCUCAACAACAUGGCUGGCGCGUGACGAGCAAUUCGAUAGACUCGUCGCUGUGAAAGUCACCACGGCAGAUUCGAAUUCAAAAGAGGUGGAUAUUCUAUCUGCUCUAACUGCUGAUCGCUCGACUAAAGGUCCAGCGAGUAUGAUCCCGUCGGUCCUGGAUAGAUUCAAUAUUCAAGGCCCAAAUGGAAACCAUGCUUGCCAUGUGACCAUUCCGGGAAGAACCAGUCUCUCUAGAGCAAAAGAUGGAUCGUGGAAGUAUCUCUUCCAGAUUGAUGUCGCCAGGGCAUUGGCUGCGCAACUCACCAUGGCUGUUGAAUACGUUCAUUCCCAGGGCUUCGUUCAUGGGGAUCUUCAUCUCGGCAAUAUUCUUCUGCAAGUACCACCAGACUUUGAUAAAAUCUCAGAUGAGAGACUACACAACGAAUACGGGAAACCAGAACAAGAAGCAGUAGUCCGUCUAGACGGCAAACCACUCCCACCAAAUGUGCCAUCCCACGCAAUCACCCCAAUCUGGCUUGGAAAAGCAUGCGAAGAAAUUACGCUGCCAGAGUCUAGAAUUCUCCUUACAGACUUUGGCGAGGCUUUUUCACCAUCGCAACAGGCAAAGUACCAAUCCAAUACUCCGCUCGUGGUGCGUCCUCCAGAGGCUCGAUUCGAACCAUCAACACCUCUCUCUUUCUCAUCGGAUAUCUGGACGCUAGCGUGUUCGAUAUGGAAUAUCAUUGCUCAGAGGCCACUAUUUGAAGAAUGGCUAAUGACCGAGGAUGACAUGACCCUUGAACACGUCGAUGCCCUUGGUCUUCUCCCACCAUUCUGGUGGGAGAAAUGGGAUGCACGGCGAGAGAAGUUCAAUGAGGAUGGUGCGCCGAUCAAUCGUAGCUAUUUUCUAUCAUGGGAGGAUCGGUUUGAGGGCUUCGUGCAGAAGGCCCGACAGAAGCAGGGGAUGCAAGCGUUUGAUCCAAAAGAGAGAGAUGCUAUUUCUGCCAUGCUACGGUCGAUGUUGUCUUUUAGGCCUGAAGAUCGUCCCACCGCGAAGAAAGUUCUCCAGUUUGAGUGGAUGGUUAAAUGGGCUUUGCCUGAGUAUGAGAAGAUAAAGAUACUUGAAACGCGAGCCACCCACUGA